AUGGUCAAGCUCAGCACCUUCGCAACUCAGGCGGUCCUGCCUCUAGCUGCACUCUUCUUUACCCAGUCAACCCUCGCCGACUCCGAUGGUAUAGUCAUCUGGCCUCAUAAAGUCCCGAACGAGGGAAACGGCUACUCGCGGGUAAUUCAAUUGCAGCACGCUGGCAAAUCCAACGGCAAUCUACUAGCCAUCUGGGAGCACUGGUACACGAAAGGAGACUCAAGAGCCACUAACGGGACUGCAUCUCACUACAUUAUCCGCAAAAGUGGUGACAACGGAACGACAUGGGAUACUCUGACAACGAUCUCAGACCCAUUAAAGGGCACCGGUCACCCGGCCACUUUAUUCUGGCAGCCCUUCCUGUUUGAGUUCCCACAACAGCUGGGCAAGUAUCCCAAGGGCACGCUGCUGCUUGUUGGCAAUCUGGUCAAGAAUUCGAACACAGAUUUCGUCUCCUGGCGGUCGACGGAUCAUGGGAAGACAUGGAACAUCGUGGGGAAAGUUCUGCAUGGAUCGGGGAAGGGUCAGAUCUGGGAGCCGUUUGUUUACUUGGAUAGCAAGGGGAAGAUUGUGACGGUAUUCUCCGACCAGAGAGACUCCGACCAUGCUCAGAAGCUGUCGAGUAUCACCUCUGACGAUGGAGGGACAACCUGGAACGAUUCCGAGGGGGUUGUCGUUGGUUCACGCUUCGUCGAUCGACCGGGCAUGGCGACGGUCGCGAAGAUGGACAACGGGGAAUUCAUCAUGAGCUAUGAGUGGUGCAUUGGAGACCCCAAAACUGGCAAGAUGAAUUCCGACCCAUGCCCCAUUCAUGUGAAAACGUCAGCAGACGGGGUGUCGUGGAGGAAGAACGAUGCUGGCACGGUGAUCUCCACGACCGACGGGAUCCAGACGUUCGGGAGCCCUUAUACUAUCUGGGACCCGACAGAGAAGAAGGUGAUUGUGUCUAGCAGUCUCAAGCGGUGGAAGAACGAUACGAAGACGAAUGCCCCCGAGAACAAUCGCAUUGUCUUUGUCAACAGCGACCAUGGCAAGGGCGGCUGGUCAUGGGCUCCAUCUCCCUGGACCGUGCCCAAGGCCACAGAUGUAUGUGGCUCCAACUACAGUCCUAAUAUCCUGCUCCUACCCAACGGGACAUUGUUAUAUACAGCCGAAGCGAGCAUAGACAGCAACGACAAGAAGUCGCAUUGCAUUCUGCGAACCGGUGCUGCGCCCAUUGCGAGCCUCCCAUACAAGUCCGACUUCUCCGGCCUCGGCCAGGCGGGAUGGAUCGACUUUGAUGGGGCCUGGUCGAUCGCCGACGGCCAGUACAGCUUUGCGUCAGUGCCCAGCUCAACAACGCUCGUCAUCACCGGGUCGUCUGGAUGGACAGACUACGAGGUCAGUGCCGAUGUGGUCAUUACGAGCAGGUCGGGUGAGGUUGGCCUGGUGGCACGGGCAUCUGCAUCGAAGAGUGCUCCCAAUACAAUGACGAGGUACAUGGCUGCGAUCGACAGCAGCAGCGGCAAGGUCACGGUCUACCGAGUAGCGGACAAGACUACGACUUUGAAGUCGGAGGCGCAUUCUGGUGGUAUCAAAGCAAACAAGCCUUAUCGCCUGUCCAUUUCUGUGAAGUCGACCAAGAUCACCGUCACACUGAGUGAGCGUGGGAAGGCAAAGACCACUGUUACGGCUUUGGAUGAUGGACUGAAGAGUGGGUUGGCUGGUUUGUAUGGAAGCCAUGGCAGUGGCGGUUUCAAGAACGUUCAGAUUAGCAGUUUGGCUUGA